AUGGGUAGCAAAAAGGAAAGUAAAUCCAAAUCAUCAAGCGAUGAUGUCUCAACCGAAGAUAACUAUGAAAAAAGAAUGUCAGCAGUCUUGCCUUUCGCUAAACCUUUGGCAUCUAAGAAAUUGAACAAAAAAAUUUUAAAAACUGUUAAGAAGGCAUCCAAAGCCAAACAUGUUAAACGUGGAGUCAAAGAAGUUGUAAAGUCAUUAAGAAAAGGUGAAAAGGGUUUAGUAAUUAUUGCUGGUGACAUUUCUCCAGCAGAUGUUAUAUCACAUAUUCCAGUUUUGUGUGAGGAUAAUUCAGUGGCAUAUAUUUUCAUUCCUUCUAAAGAAGAUUUGGGAUCUGCAGGUGCUACUAAAAGACCAACUUCAUGUGUGAUGAUUGUCCCUGGUGGAGGUAAGUCUAAAAAGAAUGCUGAUAAAACUGACGAAUAUAGAGAUGGUUUUGAUGACAUUGUUAAAGAAAUCAAUGCUUCUGAAUAA